UUCACAUUCAUGUCAUUCCUAUGAAAGUUCUGCUUUACUUCAGUUCAAGACCCAACUCAUUACAAACACUACCUUUUAUGAGUAUGUGUGCCCCAAUCUUUAUCCAAAGAUGAGGACAUGGGAUAAUGGAACAGAUUGUUGUUCAUGGAUGGGUGUCACGUGCCACUCUGUGUCUGGUCACGUGAUUGGCCUUGAUCUCAGUUGCAGUGGGCUUGUAGGUAAUAUCCAUCCUAACAGACUCAUCUCCAUACACUUGUCUUGCUUACAAUCACUUGAUCUCUCUGGGAACUUUGGUUUGAUGUCGAAAGAAACCACUUGGAAGAGAAUCUUGCAAAAUGCAACUGCUUUAAGAGAGAUUGUAUUGGAUGAUACAGACAUGUCUUCCAUUAGUGCAACAGCAAGUCCUUUGUCUUUGAUUGCUAACAUCACAUCUCUUCUGAGUGUCUUGGAUCUUUCAUUGUGUCAAUUCCCAGGAUCACAAAUCCCUUCUUCCUUUUCUAACCUCACACAUUUAACUUCUUUGUACUUGUCUGCAAGUGAAUUAAAUGGUUCAAUUCCAUCAUUUCUCUCAAAUCUUCAACAUCUGACUCACUUGGACCUUUCAGACAAUAGAUUUAGUGGUCAAUUUCCAAACGUACUUGGUCAAUUAACCAGAUUAAAAACACUCAAUCUUGGAAGUAACAAUCUAGGAGGGAAGUUGUUGUUAUCUUCACUAGCUAACUUAACUCAAAUUUCCCACUUGGUUUCUGAUAAUAAGUUUCAGGGGCCUCUACCUAACAAAAUAAUUGGUUUCUCAAGUUUGAUUAGAUUGCUUUUAAGUGAUAACAUGUUGAAUGAAACAAUUCCAUCUUGGUGUUUCUCCUUACCAUUUUUAACAUUCGUAGAUCUAUCAGAUAAUCUGUUUACAGGGCAUAUAAGUGCAAUCUCAUCCCAUUCUUUACAGUAUCUAGAUUUAUGCAGGAAUAAGCUACAAGGAAAUGUUCCAAAAUCAAUGUUUAACCUUGUAAACCUCACAGAGUUAUGUUUGUCAAGCAAGUGGAGUGGUUCCCUCUACUUUUCACUUUUCUCCAAGCUUCAAAACCUUAAAGCUCUUUCUCUUUCAGGUUUUAAUUCAUUGUUAUUAGCUUCUGAAACCAAUGUAAGUUACCAGUUCACCAACUUGUUAUCAUUGCAGUUGCUACAGGUUGAUUUAACUAAUAUUUCCAAAAUCUUGUGGAAAUUUCCAAAGUUGCAAACUCUCGUUUUGUCAGAAAACAAACUUGAAGGAAAUGUGCCCAAAUGGAUACAUGAUAUACAUUCAUUAGAGCGUCUGAAACUAUCACAAAACCAAUUGUCAUCAAUAGGCCAAUUCCCAUGGUAUCAACUUAAAUACCUUGAUCUUAGUUUCAAUCUGCUAACCGAUGACAAUAUUUCCUUUAUCUGCAAUGCAACUUCUCUCCAGAUUGUCAACCUGUCACACAAUAAGUUUAAAGAUACCAUUCCACAAUGCCUUGCCAAUUCACCAGAUCUUCAGGAUUUGGAUUUACCGAUGAAUAAAUUUCAUGGUACUUUACCAAGUACAUUUUCAAGGGAUCUCAUUUCAUUAAAUCUCAAUGGGAACCAAUUGGAAGGACAUCUGCCUAGAUCUCUAUCCAACUGCAAAGAUUUGAUAGAUUUGAAUCUUGGCAACAAUCAAAUUGAGGAUACAUUUCCAAACUGGCUUCAAAGUUUACCGUAUUUGGAAAUAUUAGUUUUACAAUCCAAUAAAUUGUAUGGGCCGAUUGUCAGCUUGAAAACUAAAGAUAUGUUUCCCCAUUUACUUAUUUUUGAUAUCUCAUCCAAUCAUUUUAGUGGUCAAUUACCAAAAGUCUACAUAAAAAGUUUUCAAGCUAUGAAGAGUGUUGUUGGAGUGCAAACAAGUUUUUAUUACAUCAAAAGUAGUUAUGUCUUUAUAACAAAGGAAAUUGAGAUAGAAUACCAUGAGUCUAUGACUGCAACAAUGAAAGGGCUUAGAACCAAUUUUGAGAAAAUUCCAGAAUUUCUUGUAAGUAUUGAUUUAUCAAGUAACAGAUUUGAAGGAGAGAUUCCAGAUGAUUUUGGGGAGCUUCAUCGACUCAUAGGCCUCAAUCUUUCUCAUAACAAUCUCAAUGGUCCUAUUCCUCACUCUCUGGGAAAUUUGUCAAACCUCCAAUCAUUGGACCUCUCCUCAAAUAUGCUUACAGGGAAAAUUCCUGAUGAAUUGACCAAUCUGAUCUCUCUUGAAGUCUUGAAUCUUUCCAGUAACCAUCUUGAGGGAACAAUACCUCGAGGGAAACAGUUUGAUACAUUUUCAAAUGAUUCCUAUGAGGAAAACAUGGGGGUAUGUGGAUUUCCAUUGUCAAUUCAAUGCAACAACAAUGUCCCUCAACAGCAAUAUCCAUCUUCUGAGGCUGAAGACAAGUUUGGAUUUGGUUGGAAACCAGUGGCAAUAGGAUAUGCAUGUGGAAUGGUAUUUGGAAUUGGCUUGGGAUGCUGUGUUUUUCUCAUUGGAAAACCUCAAUGGCUUGUGAUCAUCUUUGGAGGCAAAAGAAUUAAAAGGAGGAGCCGUGGAACCGGCGUGCAAGAACAACUUAGUGGCCACAACUUCUGCAUGAGAAAUCUGUUUCAGGUUUUUGUUGUAACAUAAAUGUGCAAUAAUUAAGUUUGUAUGCUAUGCUGCUGUGUCUUUUUAUAUUUCGUUUGAGGCUUUAAUUUGGUUGUUUCUGUUUCUGUCUUUUUAUAUUUUUAAGUCUAUUGUUACAUAUAUAUGA